AUGGAUCCGGCAGCCAACCAGCGAUCUUUGGAGGCAGAGAUCAACAACGGCCGACUGGCGAUGGUGGCCAUCACCGGCAUGGUAGCCCAGAAUGCGUUCUUCGGUACCACCGGCCCGGCCAUGUGGCUUCCUGCCUCUGCUUUUGAAGGGGAGCUCGGCGUGCAAGCGCCCGUGGGCUUUUGGGACCCUCUUGGGCUGUCGGCAGAUGGGGACGUCGACACCUUCAAGCGCCGCAGGGCAGCCGAGCUGAAGCAUGGCCGGAUCUGUAUGUUGGCCUGCGUCGGAUACAUCGUGCCGGAGUACUUCCGCUGGCCCGGUUUCCUUUCACCAGAGAAGGGUCUCAAGUUCGCUGACAUGCCUCACGGCAUCGCUGCCAUCUCCAAGGUCCCCCUGGAGGGCUGGCUGCAGAUCGUCCUGUUCGUCGGCCACUACGAGGGCUACUUCUGGCGCCAGGAUCCCAAGCGCGCCCCGGGUGACUACGAAGGCUACGGCUUCCUGGGUGUGGGCAAGAACUUCAUCGUCAAUGUCGACCCCAUCGAGUUCCAGGACGCCGAGGUGAAGAAAACCAAGCUUUCCGCCGAGAUUGCGAAUGGACGAUUGGCUCCUGGACUCCACCUCUUUGAGGUAAUGUGCUGUGUUGAGAUGGUGAAGCCCUAG